UGUCAAGGGAGAGGUAUUGAGAAAGUCAUCGAGUCAGAAGAACUCCAUCAACCACCACGCUCGCAGCGCGCAUAAGUAGAGGGGCUGCCAGUGAUGGAUGGGGCAGAGGCAGGGCUAAGCCAAACCCAGACACCACCGUUGGAGGUUGCCAUGGACACCUUCUUCCUGUCGCACGGCGCGCCCACUCUCUGCAUCGACGAGACGAUCCCGGCGCGGAGCUUCUUCCAGUCCUGGCUGCCGGCGGCGAUCGCGGGCUCGCAAGCGCCGCGCGCCAUCCUGGUGGUGUCGGCUCACUGGGAGACGGACGCUCCGGCGGUCAGCGUCGUCCGCGGCACCAACGACACCAUCCACGACUUCCAUGGCUUCCCAGAACAGAUGUUCAAGCUGACGUACCCUGCGCCCGGCGCGCCUGACUUGGCCGAGAGGACCAAGAAGCUCCUGGAGGACGCCGGGUUCGGGCCGGUGAGCGAGGAGCAUGGCCGCGGGCUCGACCACGGCGCGUGGGUGCCGCUGAUGCUCAUGUACCCCGACGCCGACAUCCCGGUGUGCCAGCUUUCCGUGCAGACGGACAGGGACGGCACGUACCACUACGACCUCGGCAGGGCGCUGGCGCCGCUCCGGAACGAAGGUGUUCUCAUCAUCGGCUCCGGCACCGCCACGCACAACCUCGCCAAGAUGGGGCCUCACGACGCGCCGCCGCCGCAGUGGGCCUCCGACUUCGACACCUGGCUCAAGGAUUCGCUCCUAGACGGGAGGUACGAAGACGUGAAGCGAUACAAGGAGAUGGCGCCCCAAGCUGAGGUGGCGCACCCUUCGCCGCAUCAUUUCUACCCGUUGCAUGUCGCGCUUGGCGCCGUGGGGGAUGAGUCCGCGGCGGAGCUGAUCCACCAUAGCUGGACCAACACCAGCAUCUCCUACUCUUCAUACCGUUUCACAACGAAGAUAUAACGGCUUGGGUUACUUGGUUUGUACUCCAUCCGUUCCUAAAUAUAAGUCUUUCUAGAGAUUUCACUAGAUGACUACAUACGAAGCAAAAUGGAUGAAUCUACACUCUAAAAUAUGUCUAUAUAUUUCCGUACGUAGUCUUCUAAUGUAAUAUCUAAAAAGACUUAUGUUUAAGAACGGAGGGAGUAAUAAAUUGGUUGAGGCCAUGACGAACUGAACUUUUUUUUUGUCUGUGUGUGACUGUAUUAUCUUCUACAAUAAGAAAACUGAUUGAUUAUCUCUAUUUAAAAAUGUCUAUCUUC